AUGUGCUCUGUGCAAAAAGUGGAGCAGCAAAUGGAGACCAACGUGGACCUCAACCUCCCGCCAUCUCCCCAGGAAACCAUCAGGGCCGUGCUGCAACUCUCCAGCGGGAAAGCACACGGAUCGGACGCAAUCCCUGCUGACGUCUACAAACACGGAGGUCCCCAUCUCAUGGAUCACCUGACUGCGCUCUUCCAGGAGAUGUGGCGUCAAGGUGAAGUUCCGCAAGAUUUCAAAGAAGCAACCAUCGUGUAUCACUACAAGCGAAAAGGAAACCGCCAAGUCUGCGACAAUCACCGUGGCAUCUCCCUGCUGAACAUCGCCGGAAAGAUCUUCGCUCGCAUCCUCCUCAAUCGUCUAAAUAAUCAUCUGGAACAGGGCCUUCUGCCGGAAAGUCAAUGCGGUUUCCGUGGCCAUCGCGGGACCACGGAUAUGAUCUUUGCCGCCCGUUAA